AUGAGAUUCAUCCCAUAUCUUGUGGGCACUGCCUGCCUAGGCUAUACAGCAGCGCAAUCCGUGCCAACACCUGCGGCCUUAUUGCUCCCAGCGCCCCCAGCGCCCAGCCGACCUUCAGAUGAUUUGGUAAAUUCGAGUCUGCGAGUCCAAGUUUGCAAAUGCGGUGGUGCAGUAGUGAACGAAGUAUGCUACGACACUCUGGAGAAAGCCGUAGACAAAGCAGUAAAUGAUGAUUAUGUCUUCAUUGGCGGCACUCACUAUGUAGAUAAACCUAUCCAAUUUACAUACGACUUGAACUUUGUGGGUGUACUGUGCUCCGGUGAUCGUGCCAAACUUGUGGCUAAAUUCGAUCGACAACGAGGAGCUAUUCUGGAAGCAGUGCGCUAUAACGAGCAAACCAUUCUGCUCGCCAACCUAGACUUUACAGGCACCUAUGGCAAUUCAAAUUCUGGCUUCCACACCAGAGGGCAAGCCGGGGCCUCGGGUGGACAACGUGUCUCCCUAGGUGUUUAUAACACAAACUUCUACGACAUGAGCAGCAAGCGAGAUGGUGCAGGGAUAUUCAUAGGUGUGGCCGAGGCGCUAACAAUAUCGUCAGAUUGUACAUUUGAAAACUUGAAAGUGGCAACAAUCGAAAAAGGGAUCUACGCAGGUGGACCCGCGCUUACAAUCGCAUACGUCCCCCCGUAUGCAAAUAUCGAUAUCGAUGGCACCUACUUCGACAAUAGCGCUCGAUUUGUCGAGGGCUCUAAGCAUAGUGACGGUGGAGUCAUGCACUUUUCCACCGUGGAUGGCGUGGUUAACAUCCAGGGGUACUAUUACAACAAUGUGGCCAACCAGGGCGGGGCCAUAUUCGUCGAGGAGUUAGUCGGCACCAUGUUCAUCAAUGGCCAUUUCGAAGCAAAUCAAGCAAUUGAUGACGACUACGGCGCCAGAGGUGGAGCUUUGAGGGUUGUCAAACUAUUCGCAGAUUCUCAGUUACAAAUCACCGGAACUUUCAAGGACAACCGUUCGGCCGGAAAAGCAGCAGUACUCGCACUUAAUAUUGUUGCAGAUCGAGCUGUCGCUUACCUCUCGGGCAGGUUUGAGGGUAAUACAGCAUCAGGAGAUGGAGGUGUCAUUAGCGUAUGGUCGUCCACGUCCAUGAAAGGCGCGCUCGUAAUCGAUGGCAAUUCGCAAUUCAAGGACAAUACUGUUACAAUAACAAAUGAAGAGCCAGGCAGCAGCCUUAUAUAUGUAGAGCGGCCGCGCAUGUAUUAUUCUGAAAACGAUUGGAGUGGAUCUCGCAUGAUCGUAUCAGCGGCUCGAAAUCAGGUGGUUGAUGUUGUCCCGAAAAAGUGGUAG